AUGGCGCACACGCACGACAACCCGCUGCACGUGCACUCGCUCUCUGGCUUCUCGCCCGUCGGAUGGCCGACCUUUGAGGCGACGCUGUGGGCGCUCGGGCCCAUCUACCUCUACAGCCUGGUCAAGACGGCCGCGACGGCGCGGGCGAGGGACUUGGGCGGGCAUCGGCGCUGGUCCGUCUUUCAUACCAUGGUGGCGUACGUUAUCAGCCUGGAGCGCCUGAGCUUGGUGCUCUCGUAUGUGGCCGGGUGGGUGCUGGCGCUGUGGCCGAAGGAUGAGGUUCAUCGGUACUUAGGCAUAGAGGAUACGCUCGAGGCCAAGGCGGAGGCAGAGCGGGACGUGUUUGCGCUGGCCAACGUGACGGCCUUUUCCAUGGUGGUCUGCUGGGCGCUCUACGAGUGGGGCAGCGCAGGGUAUCUAAAGGGUUUCGUCAACUCCUUUGCCGUUCCCAUUGAUGUACAUAGCAAGGAGGAGUAG